CCUCUUCCACCUAUCCUCCAAUACAAUCAUAUAAUCAGCAAAUUUCUUACUGCCCAGAGUCAUGGCAAGAGCCUCAGUACUAGUAGUCUUGGUGGUGGUUUCAGUACUUUUGUACACCUCCAGGGUUGCUGAGUCUGCGGCUGCCAAUUCCGGCAGCACUAGUUUCAUCAAGGCCAAGUGCAGUGCCACCCGGUACCCAGCAUUGUGCGUCCAAUCGCUGUCAGUGUAUGCAAGCACAAUUCAGAAAAGCCCGAAGCAGUUGGCUCACACCGCUUUGACGGUGAGCCUAGCCAAGGCUCAGUCCGCCAAGGCGUUUGUGUCCAAAUUGGGUAAGAUUAAGGGCAUGAAGGCUAGGGAGUUGGAGGCAGUUCAGGACUGUUUAGAAGAAAUGAACGACAGCAUCGACCGUCUUUCCCGGUCCGUACAGGAGCUUGAGGAAGCUGGGAAGAGCAAGGGGCAGGACUUUUUGUGGCACAUGAGCAAUGUUGACACUUGGGUCAGCGCUGCCCUAACCGAUGAUAAUACGUGUGUUGAUGGAUUCGCUGGUCGGGCCCUGGACGGCAGGGUUAAGGCAUCGAUUAGGGGUUGGUUGGUUACUGUUGCGCAAGUCACUAGCAAUGCGUUAGCCUUGGUUAACCAAUUCGCUGCCAAGAACUGAGCCACCAGUUUGGUUGCUCAGUCGGCAGUCCAAGCCUUGGCUUAGUACUUGAGUUUUGAUCAUGUCUUGGCUUGCUUUUGAUGUAUAAUAUAUAAUACCUAAAUAUGAAAUAGCCCUGGUUUUUGUUUGUGAAUUGGAGGCUGUGUUUUUUAAAUGAAAUUGGGCAUUUCAUUCCA